AUGACAUCUUGUCUUGAAAAUGUACAAAUUCCAUCUUGUGUUUGGUUUGAAGCCGGAGAUAAUCGUAAUUCGAUAAUGUCAAUGCUUGCUGGAACACUGUUUUUUACAGGCUGGUGGUUUAUUAUUGAUGCUCAUGCUCAAUAUCCUGAAGAAAUGUCAAGUGCGUACCAUGUUUGCGGUGUUUUUGGUACAAUAUCAUUAUUUAUGGUGAAUUCAGUAACAAACUCACAAAUUCAAAGUUAUGCAUCCAACGGUGGAUGUUUAGGUGUUAGAGGGGCACGUGGAUGGUUGUUUGUCGGUCUGGUUAUGGGAUUCGCAGCUGUUAUUGCUGCCUGUUGGAUAUUAUUUGCUGAUUUCGUUGCUAAAGACGUUAAACACAGUUGGCCAGGUGUUGGCUUACUAUUACAAAAUUUAUUCAUAUUUUUUGGAUCACUGACAUACAAAUUUGGACGAUCCGAAGAUCAGUGA